CAUUGAAUGUGGUCGACUGUCACCUUUAUCUCAUAAUCAAAUUCCACAAGAAUCGGGAUAAAGGUUAACGAACGGCAUUGUUUUAGCAGCGUCGUUUUUGUGAAGAUCUGCGGGAAGAAGAGAGGGGAGAAACUUUUUGCGAUCGUUUUAAAAGCGUGCGCAAAGACAGACUCACCAAAGGCAUCGGCUUCCGAUGUGACAAAUGUCAGAUAUUUUGUAAGGGCGGAGGAAAAUUCUGUGGAGCGUUUUGAUAAGAGUUGACGCGAUCUUUGAAGGAGUUUACCGACAGGUUGCAUGGCUUAUUGGCGCUUGCGACACGUCUCAAGCCACGGCACGCGACGGAGCGACCAACAAGAGCGCGUUCUUUCAGACCAUUAGGCAGCAGCAUCGCUAGAUGAGCUAUCUAGAGACUUGGUGCAUCAUCCUCUUCACGUUUGUUGCAACGCCAGAGACUUGAGACUUCCGCGCAGCGACUGGCUUGAACUCCAGUCGAAGAAGAAGGCGGAGUCUUAACUUAUUAAAAGGAACUCGCCGAAGCACGGUCGCAAAUAUGAUGAUGAUGUCUCUGAACAGCAAGCAGGCGUUCGCCAUGCCUCACACCAGUUUGGCCGAACCCAAGUACUCCAGCUUGCAUUCUUCGUCCUCCUCUACUCUGACUUCCAACGCGCCCUCGUCCUCCUGCUCCUCGUCCAGACACAGCAGCACGAUCAGCAGCAGCGGCGGCGGCAGCUCGGAGGCGAUGCGCCGAGCAUGUCUCCCAACCCCACCGAGCAAUAUAUUCGGCGGAUUGGAUGAGAGUUUGUUGGCCCGCGCGGAAGCUCUGGCGGCGGUGGAUAUAGUCUCGCAGACCAAAAGCCAUCAUCACCCACCUCAUCACAGCCCCUUCAAGCCGGACGCAACCUACCACACCAUGAACACGCUUCCGUGCACCUCCUCGUCCUCCUCGUCGUCCGUGCCCAUCUCGCACCCGUCAGCUCUGGCGAGCCAUCACCACCACCAUCACCAUCACCAUCACCAGCCGCACCAAGCACUGGAGGGCGACCUGCUGGACCACAUCACCCCGGGACUGGCCCUUGCCGGAGCCAUGGCCGGGCCAGACGGCUCGGUGGUCUCCACGCCUGCGCACCCUGCCCACAUGGCAGGCAUGAACCACAUGCACCAAGCUGCCAUCAACAUGGCUCACGCCCAUGGGCUGCCAUCCCACAUGGGCUGCAUGAGCGACGUGGACGCAGAUCCCAGGGACUUGGAGGCAUUCGCUGAGCGCUUUAAACAGCGUAGGAUCAAACUCGGCGUGACCCAAGCGGAUGUAGGGUCAGCGCUGGCCAGCCUGAAGAUUCCUGGCGUUGGCUCUUUAAGCCAGAGUACCAUCUGCCGGUUUGAAUCGCUCACGUUGUCCCACAACAACAUGAUCGCCCUGAAGCCCAUCCUGCAAGCCUGGCUGGAGGAGGCAGAAAAGUCGCAUCGGGAGAAACUCAACAAACCCGAGCUCUUCAACGGGGCCGAGAAGAAGAGGAAGCGGACCUCCAUCGCGGCCCCCGAGAAAAGGUCCCUCGAAGCGUACUUUGCUAUUCAGCCGCGUCCAUCCUCAGAAAAAAUCGCAGCAAUCGCAGAGAAGCUGGACCUCAAAAAGAACGUAGUGCGGGUCUGGUUUUGCAACCAGAGGCAGAAACAAAAACGCAUGAAAUACUCGGCCUGCGUCUAGCUCGAGCAGAAGACCAACACAACGUGUCGAGAGACUCCUAAAACUGUUUAGAGACGAUUUGUAAAAUAUUUCUUAUCUCACACCUUUUUCAAUCAUCAAUAACUUGUGCAUUGAAGCAACAUUUCAUGACAUUCAAAAGAGACAUUUGAAAAUACCAAAUCACUGUCACGCAUUACGCAAAGGGGAUGUGGAAUCAUUUACAGGAUCGUUUGACUGAUCAAGUAAGACCAUUCGUUUUUCCUCACUUAUUCUAGCACACUUUCCAUAUGAGAGGAGCAAGACUUUUAAAGCCUCAACCAGACAGCCUGCCUGAAGCUAAAAUAACACAUUUUAUUCAUUUACCAGAAAGUGUUGUGUAUCAAGCUACACAAAACUCCAGUAAUUCCAAACUGAUCAACCUGAGGGAGAAAAAACAAACUAAAAAAAACUUCAGGUCAAAACGAGGACAGUGUUUUUCAUUUGAAAUAAUUCUCUCUCAGCAUGUCACGCUUCAAUCUGGUGUUAAAUCAGGGUUUAUAACUGAAAACAGAGGAAAUCACCCAUUAAAUCCAGGAACAAUUCUGCAACACUAUUAGAUAUCCAAACUGCUCCUUGUAAAUGAUUGAUUUAGCUGUUACAUGCAUAAUUUUGUCUGUCGUUUUCUUAAUUACACUUCUGUGAUUUUAUAAAUGAUGAACCUAUAGCCUACAAUUAGGCAAUGGGCGAUGAGAAUAUCCAUAUUUUUCUUGUGAAGGCAUAAGGAUUUAGGACGUAAAUUUGCUAUACCUGACCUCUUAGUUAUUAAAAUAGCACAUAUUGGAUAAACUGAACACGAGGGGAGGCUUAAUUGUUUUCUUUUUUUGGUAAGGGGAUUUAUUCAGCCAAAUAUCUGUUGCAAUACGCCUGCGCUCUAACGUGGCUAUGUUUCUUAUGAACUAUUUAUCAUGUGAGGUAAUGUUUACUUCAUUACAUAUUUAUUGGGAUUCCCUCCACGUUUUUGCUUGAGAAAAUCAUAUUGAGACAACAAGGAAAACGUGGCCCUCUGCAAACAGGGAAACUGCUUGAAACAGGCCACUUUUAUUUAUUCAUGUUUUUCGUUCUUCUGACGGCACAAUCGAGAGAUAUAUGAGAACAUUUUCUUUUAAAUUAUUUUCAUGUGUGUUAUCUGCUUAUUUAUUUGUAAAAAUAUACGCGUAUAAUUAUGGAGUCGUUGCUUGUUAAAUUCACCAUGUUUAGUAAUGUUUUCUUAUUGAAAAAGAUGAAUUCCAUGGAGGCAUUCACGUAAAAUGUAAAUAUCUCAUUUGGACAUACACAUAAAAUAUCCGUACAGGUAUUUGCUGUAUUGCUGUUUUAGCUGCGGUAACUGUAAUGUCUGUUGCUUUAGGUUUAAUUGUCGGGAUCGGUUUAUUAAUUUAUUACAUCGAUGUAUAUUUAAGUUACUAUUUGAUA